AUGAACUUGCCAAGAGCUAAGCGCCUUCGCUCCACACCGCCGUGCAGCCUUCGGGGCUCCGACGGGGAAGACGGUGAGAUCGAUAUCCUGGGAGAGGAGGAGGAUGAAGAGGAGGAGGAAGAGGAAGACGAGGGGGCAGAGGGGAGCCAGCGAUUCCUAGAGCAGCUGCACCAGCCGGGGCCUCAGGGGGCGCGGCGGGGCGGGGGCGUGCUUCCCCGAGAGCGCACCGAGAGCGGCAGCGGCCCGAGGGACGACUCCGAGUUUGGCACGAAGUUCAGGGCAGCGACCGGGUCUGCGGCGGCCUCUGGGGAUGCCCUGCAGCCGGCGAAGCCCCCCUACUCAUACAUCGCGCUCAUCACCAUGGCCAUCCUGCAGAGCCCGCACAAGCGCCUCACACUCAGCGGCAUCUGCGCCUUCAUCAGCGGCCGCUUCCCCUACUACCGCCGCAAGUUCCCGGCCUGGCAGAACAGCAUCCGCCACAACCUCUCCCUCAACGACUGCUUCGUCAAGAUCCCCCGCGAGCCGGGCCACCCCGGCAAGGGCAACUACUGGAGCCUGGACCCCGCCUCCCAGGACAUGUUCGACAACGGCAGCUUCCUCCGGCGCAGGAAGCGCUUCAAGCGCCACCACCCGCCCCCAGGAGCCCACUUGCAUCACCCCUUCCCCUUGCCCGCCGCGCCCGCCGCCCUGCACGGCCCCUAUCCGGGCCUGUUGCUCGGGUCUCCGGCCCCGCCGCAGCCUGUCCCGGGGGCCUAUCCCGCCGCCGCCCCCGGGAGCACCCCGUGCGCGCUGCUGCACCCUCAUCCCCUUCGCUACUUGCUGCUCUCUGCCCCGGCCUACGCUGAGGCGCCGAGGAAAGCGCACGGCGCGGACCUGGCGACUCCCGGCGCCCUUCCGGCCUUCCAGCCCUCGCUGGGCUCCCAGCCUUGGGAGGAAGGCAAGGGGCCGGCGUCGCGGCCGGGAGGCGGAUGCACCUCUUUCAGCAUCGAGAGUAUCAUGCAAGGGGCCCGGGGAGGGGGCACUGGGGCCGCGCAGAGUCUGCCCCCGACCCCAUGGGGCUACUGCCACCUGCUGCAGCGCCCGUCGUGCCUGUCGGACGAUUCUGCAGCAGCAGCAGCAGCAGCAACAGGACUGUGCCAACGGCUGCGCUCCCAGCAAGGGAGCGCUGCUGGGCCGGCACCUGUCGGCCACCGCGGCGUUGCUGGGAUGUCAGCCCGAAGCAGAAGGCUCUAG